AUGUGUACGAACUCGCACUCAUUUAUUUCCGUUUCUAUAGUCACAGGACCAGUCGCCCGCUUUGCCCGCCAAAUCGCCGGCCAAGGCUACAUCGUGGCCGCGCCGUCAUCCUACCACGAAUUCACGGGUCCCGAACCCCUUGCGUACGACGGCCCCGGUACCGACGCCGGCAACGAAUGGAAAAUCACCAAGAAAUUAUCUGCGUACGACGAGGACGCCGAGCUCUCCGUUUCGUUGCUCCUCGGUCUCAAAACGUGUAAUGGCAACAUCGGAGCCACAGGCAUGUGCUUAGGCGGCCAUCUAGCAUACCGAUGUGCAUUGGACCCGCGCGUCAAAGCCGCUGUUUGUUACUUCGCCACAGAUAUCCAUAGCCACAGUUUGGGCGAGGGCAAACAGGAUGAUAGUCUGAAAAGAGCGAAGGAUAUCAAGGGCGAAUUGGUCAUGAUCUUUGGGAAAUCGGAUAACCAUGUUCCGCCCGAGGGGAGGGAUUUGAUUCGCAAAACGCUGCAUGAGGCAGGUGUGGAUUUUUCGUGGUAUGAGGUCUUUGGUGCCCAGCAUGCUUUUAUUCGCGAUGAGUUGUCCAAGGGACGGUAUGAUCCGGCGGUCUCCAAGGUUUGCUUUGAGAUGUUGUUGGAGCUGUUUGGACGGAGGUUGAAGUUGGAUUUGGGCGAGCCGAGUGGUGAGAAAUUGGUGGUUGAGGAUGUUUGUUAA